AUGGUGCGAUGUUGUAAUGGCGGUUCACUACACUUAACAUUAUUGCUUAAUCUAGUUGCUAUAUAACGGGGGCAAAUGUUAUCUGUGAAGAAAUUGUGACACACAAACACAGUGGACAAGACGUGCUUCGAUUAGAAUACCAACAGUUAAAAAUGAAGGUCUUUAGAUUAUUUUUUCUCUUGCAAGUUACCUAUCGGUAAGAAAUAUAAAGUAUGUGUUCGUGAAAGAACCGAGAAAGUAGUGAUGUGUCGUGCUUUGACGACUCUCAUCCUUUUGACAGUGUACGGGUGGGUGAGUGUGGGGGCCCAGGAUGAGCCCAUAGUGAAGGUGGAGCAAGGGCAGCUGCGAGGGAGAGAAGCGACCUCUGUGCUGGGGGAGAGGUACUACAGCUUCCAGGGUAUCCCCUACGCCAAGCCGCCUGUGGGAGAGCUCCGCUUCAAGGACGCGCAAGAUCCCGAUGCAUGGGACGGCGUGCGCGACGCCACCGUAGAGGGCUGCAUGUGCACCCAACUGGACAGGAACGACUUCCAGUACAGAGGCUGCGAGGACUGCCUCUUCCUCAACGUGUACACGCCCACGCUGCCCCAGACGGGGGCCAAGCCUCUCCCUGUCAUGUUCUGGGUCCACGGGGGAGGCUUCGUCUUCGGCGCGGGCAACGCCGACGUUUAUGGGCCAGACUAUCUCAUGGAGGAGGGGGUCGUGCUCGUCACCAUAAACUACAGGUUGACCUGCUUCGCUUUGCGUUGGGUGAAGAAGAACAUCGCCGCCUUCAACGGUGACCCCAACAAAGUCACAUUCUUUGGUGAAAGUGCAGGCGGAACUUCUGCACACUGGCAUUUGAUGUCGCCCAUGUCCAAAGGCCUGUUCCACGGCGCCAUUUCGGAGAGCGGCGCUAUGAUGAACCCGUGGGCGCUGGCGUGGGCGCCGUACGAGACGUCGCGGCGGUUGGCGAGUGCGGUUGGCUGCACUGGGGACGACGACGACGAGGUGGUGGAGUGCCUGCGCCAGGUCGACGCCACGGAGUUGGUGAGGGCCUCGGAGGAGAAGGCCUCGACCCCGAGGGACCGAGACCGUUUGUUACUUUUCCCGUUCAGCCCCACACUUGAGGAGGAGAAGGUCCCAGGGGUGGAAACCUUCGUGACGGCCGCACCGGAGCAGCUCAUCAUGCAAGGCUGCCAACAUGACGUACCUUACCUGGCGGGAAUGAAUACCCAGGAGUGGAUGCUUACAAUUGCCAAUAAUCUGCGGAUCAUAGAUUCGGACUGGAAGAAGUACGUCUUCCCCGAAACCCGACUCCCGGACGACUGUAAGAAGAUUCCUGAGGCCAUGGAGGAACUGCGAGAAUUUUUCUUAAGUGGCAAUCCCCUCACGUUAUACAAUUUACAAGGAUUCAAAGACAUGCUCACCGAUUUGCAUUUCGGAGAAGGCAUAUAUUUCGGCAUGAAAUAUUUGGCAAAGUGGAGUAAAAAUGACCUUUUCUUCUAUAGUUUAAUUGUCGAUCGAGAACUGAACUUUUUAAAGAAUCUGAACCACUUAAAUUUUCCAGGUACAUCCCACGCGGACGACUUGGGAUACCUGUUCCAAACGCACGUGAGCCCCAACGUGUCCUCCGACAGCCUGGCCUUCAUCAUCCGCAAGAAGAUGGUGCGAAUGAAUCCAACUCCGCAUAACGACCCACUGAUUGGGAAGAAAUGGAGGCCUUACACAUCCAAGAAGCGAAACUACCUGGAGAUUGGAGAUGAACUCAAGACCAGGGUGGACCUCAACAAGAAGCGCGUGCAAUUCUGGGAGAAAUUCUACAAGAAAUACGGCGCUAAGCGAGAGAAUAAAAAAAAGCCAGCGUGCCCAGUACAUUAAAGUUUCUCGUUUCUCUGAAACGAUAAAUAUAGCAACUUUCUACGUUGUGCAUGAAAUCAUACGUCUGAUCUAAAUUCUAAACAUUUUAAUUACUAAAAAGUAAAUACAUUUCACUCUAAAUAUACUGUUUGCGAUUUGGAUGUAUCUGCUUCCCAAUUAAAAUAUUUUACGAC